AUGUCUUCAAAAUCACCACCCCGUUACAUCCUGGCUUCCCUUGGCAUCUCUCUUGGGGGGUUUCUCAAUGGCUAUGAUACUGGGUCUAUCGGUGCCGUCACCUCCAUGUCACAGUUCACGGGCACUGUCGGCGGAUUAUCAUCCACAAUGGUUGGGUUCAUCGUCUCUCUGAUCAUGCUAACCGGUGCCGUGCCCUCCGUGUUUGCCGGCUGGCUGGCGGAUCACUACGGUCGUCUCCGCACAAUCAUGCUCGGCACGGCCCUCUUCGCAGUCGGCGCAUUGCUCCAGGGCACUGCGACGCGUCUGCCCCAGUUCCUCCUGGGCAGGACGAUUGCCGGCUUGGGGGAGGGCAUUUAUAUCAGCAACAUGGCCGUCUACAUCUCGGAGAUAUCGCCAACCAGGAGCCGCGGCGUGCUGGCCGGACUGCCGCAGUUCAUGGCAACCCUGGGAAUCUGCACGGGCUACUUCACAUGCUACGGGAGCGUGCACAUCGAAGCAUCAGCAAGUCUAGCCUGGCGUUUGCCCUUUUUCGUCAUGACAGCGUUCGCUGGGCUGCUUGUCGCCUGCUGUACGAGGCUGCCUGAGUCGCCCAGGUGGCUGAUGAGUUGUGGAGACCAGCUGGGGGCGUUGGACUCGCUGCGCAGGCUGGACUUUUCCAUGGUCGAGGCCGAGAGGGAGUUCCUAGGCGUCGGUGCUACCACCGUCACCACACAGAGGGUCAGCCUGUCGCCGUGGCAGAGCUUCAGGCUAUUGUUCACGAGGGGCUACCGCGCGAGGACGGUCCUUGCUUUGUUUGUGCUGGGCAUGGUUCAGCUUUCUGGUAUCGACGGUGUACUCUACUACGCUCCACUUCUGUUUGGACAAGCUGGCCUGUCCUCGUCUACGGCUUCUUUUCUUGCCUCAGGCCUUUCUGGUAUUCUUAUGCUGGCCAUUUCGGUGCCUGCUUUCUUGUUGUCUGAUAAAUGGGGUCGUCGUACAUCUGCCAUCACAGGCGGCAUCGGCUUAUCUGGGUGCAUGUUCUUGAUAGGGUCACUCUAUGCUGCUGGAGCAGUGCAUCCCUACGGCGUGGCCAGAUGGGUCGUCAUCGUAUCCGUCUUCCUCUUUGGGUUGAUCUACAGCGCCACUUGGGGCAUCGUUGGAAAGAUUUACGCCUCUGAGAUACAGCCCACACACGUCAGAGCAGCUGCGAACUGCGUCGCCCAAGGGUUGGGCUUUUUUACAAAUUGGCUGGUGGCCAUUCUCACUCCCAUCCUGCUAGACAAAUCCGCAUUUGGCGCUUACUUCCUGUUUGGCGGCCUUGCGCUGUUCACUGUUGCGGUCCUUGGAGCUUGUAUGCCCGAGACGCGUGGCCGAUCGUUGGAAGAUAUACAACAGGCCUUUCACCAGCCCACCCUGGCCAGCCUGCUUCUGACUUGA